CCGCGAGCGGGAGGAUUCUCGCGCGGUUUCCCCUCAGCGCGGGAAAGUGAAGAAGUUUCGAGGAUGGCGACGCGGAGAGGCGGUGGGCGGCGCUGGCGAGCGGAGGCUCCCGCCGGAGAAGGCCAAGGAGAGGCGCCAAAGGGGGACGAUGGCCCCUCACUCUCUGCUGUCAAGCGCUUGGAGCGCAGCCAAUGGACUGACACAAUCGAUGCCCGAUUUGGGUUCGAACGGAUCAAGGAACCCUCCGAAAGGACCGGCUGGUUGAUCAACAUGCACCCGACGGAAAUUUUGGAUGAGGAUCGACGCCUGAUCAGUGCUGUGGAUUACUAUUUCAUUCAGGAGGAUGGGAGUCGAUUUAAGGUGGCCUUGCCCUAUAAACCUUACUUUUAUGUCGCAACUCAAAAGGGCUGCGAGCGAGAAGUGUCGUCCUUCCUUUCCAAGAAGUUCCAGGGGAAAAUGGCAAAGCUGGAGACGGUGCCCAAGGAAGACCUAGAUCUGCCGAACCACUUGGUUGGGCUAAAGCGCAACUACCUCAAGCUCUCUUUCAACACGGUGGAUGACCUGGUCAAGGUGCGCAAGGAGAUCAGCCCGGCGGUCCGGAAGAAUCGGGAACGGGAUCAAUCAGUGGACACCUACACCACCAUGUUAGCCAGCGCUCUGGCUGGUGGCAGCCUGAGCAGUAAGGACGAGGAGCCCUCCAAGAAGACUUCCGACCAGAUGGACAAUAUCGUGGACAUGCGGGAAUAUGACGUGCCUUAUCACAUCCGCCUGUCCAUCGAUCGGAAGAUCCACGUGGCUCAUUGGUACAACGUUCGCUACCGGGGCAGCAGCUUUCCCCCUGAAAUCACUCGUCGUGAUGACCUGGUUGAGCGACCCGAUCCUGUUGUCCUGGCCUUUGAUAUUGAGACCACCAAGCUCCCGUUGAAAUUUCCGGAUGCCGAAACAGACCAGAUAAUGAUGAUCUCCUACAUGAUCGACGGGCAGGGUUAUUUGAUCACCAACCGGGAGAUCGUUUCGGAAGACAUCGAAGAUUUUGAGUUCACUCCCAAACCUGAGUAUGAGGGGCCCUUCUGUGUUUUUAAUGAACCGGAUGAGGCCCAUCUCAUCCAGCGGUGGUUUGAGCAUGUCCAGGACACUAAGCCGACGAUCAUGGUGACUUACAAUGGAGACUUCUUUGACUGGCCCUUUGUCGAAGCUAGAGCUGCAGCACACGGGAUGGAUAUGCAGAAGGAGAUUGGCUUCCAGAAGGACAACCAGGGCGAAUACAAGUCAUCUCAGUGUAUCCACAUGGAUUGUCUCAGGUGGGUCAAGAGAGACAGCUACCUCCCCGUAGGAAGCCACAACCUGAAAGCGGCCGCCAAAGCCAAGCUGGGCUAUGACCCAGUGGAGCUGGACCCUGAAGAGAUGUGCCGGAUGGCGACUGAAGAGCCCCAGACUCUGGCCACCUAUUCAGUGUCCGAUGCGGUUGCAACCUAUUACAUGUACAUGAAGUAUGUGCAUCCAUUCAUUUUUGCUUUGUGCACCAUCAUCCCAAUGGAGCCUGAUGAGGUGCUCCGCAAGGGCUCAGGGACACUCUGUGAGGCCCUGCUGAUGGUCCAGGCCUACCACGCCAACAUCAUCUUCCCCAACAAGCAAGAGCAGGAGUUCAAUAAGCUGACGGAGGAUGGACACGUCUUGGAUUCGGAGACCUAUGUCGGGGGCCACGUGGAAGCCCUGGAGUCAGGGGUCUUCCGCAGCGACAUCCCUUGCCGCUUCAAAAUGAAUCCUGCCGCCUUUGACUUCCUUCUGGAACGAGUGGAGAAGACACUGCAUCAUGCCAUUGAAGUAGAAGAAGGAAUACCCCUAGACCAAGUGACCAACUUCCAAGAGGUCUGUGAUGAAAUCAAGGUGAAACUGAGUUCCCUGAAGGACGUUCCCAACCGGAUUGAGUGCCCGCUAAUCUACCAUCUGGACGUGGGCGCCAUGUACCCAAACAUCAUCUUAACCAACCGACUACAGCCUUCAGCCAUGGUGGAUGAGGCCACCUGUGCUGCCUGUGACUUUAACAAGCCAGGUGCCAACUGUCAGCGGAGGAUGACAUGGCAGUGGAGAGGGGAGUUCAUGCCAGCAAGCCGCAGCGAGUACCACCGCAUCCAGCAACAGUUGGAAUCUGAGAAGUUCCCAUCCCUCUUCCCAGAUGGGCCGCCCAGGGCCUUCCAUGAGCUGACCCGAGAGGAGCAAGCAAAAUACGAGAAGAAGCGCUUGGCAGAUUACUGUCGCAAGGCCUACAAGAAGAUCCACGUGACAAAAGUGGAGGAGCGGGUCACCACCAUCUGCCAGCGGGAGAACUCUUUCUACGUGGACACCGUGCGGGCUUUUCGGGAUCGGCGCUACGAGUUCAAGGGGCUCCACAAGGUGUGGAAGAAGAAACUGGCCUCAGCCCUGGAGGCAGGCGAUGCCUCAGAAGUGAAGCGCUGCAAGAACAUGGAGAUUCUGUACGAUUCGCUGCAGCUGGCGCACAAGUGCAUCCUGAACUCCUUUUACGGCUAUGUCAUGCGCAAAGGAGCCCGAUGGUACUCCAUGGAAAUGGCGGGCAUUGUCUGCUUCACGGGGGCCAAUAUCAUCACUCAGGCCAGAGAGCUGAUUGAACAAAUUGGGAGGCCCUUGGAGCUAGACACAGAUGGCAUCUGGUGUGUGCUGCCAAACAGCUUCCCAGAGAACUUUGUCAUCAAGUCAACUCACACCAAGAAACCCAAGGUGACCAUCUCCUACCCAGGUGCCAUGUUGAACAUCAUGGUGAAGGAAGGAUUCACAAACGAUCAGUACCAGGAGCUGAUGGACCCAGCCUCGCUCAAGUACGUUUGCCGCUCGGAAAACAGCAUCUUCUUCGAGGUGGAUGGGCCAUACCUGGCAAUGAUUUUGCCAGCCUCCAAGGAGGAGGGCAAGAAGCUGAAGAAGAGGUAUGCCGUCUUCAAUGAGGACGGCUCUUUAGCCGAACUGAAAGGCUUUGAAGUCAAGCGGCGCGGGGAGCUGCAGCUGGUGAAGAUCUUCCAGUCCUCAGUCUUUGAGGCCUUCCUGAAGGGCACCACUUUGGAGGAGGUCUACGCCUCAGUGGCCAAAGUGGCCGACUACUGGCUGGACGUGCUUUACAGCAAGGCAGCUAAUAUGCCUGACUCGGAGCUUUUUGAACUCAUAUCUGAAAACCGAUCCAUGUCUCGCAAAUUGGAGGAUUAUGGGGAGCAGAAAUCCACCUCCAUCAGCACAGCAAAGCGCCUGGCUGAGUUCCUCGGGGACCAGAUGGUCAAGGAUGCUGGGCUGAGCUGCCGCUUUAUCAUCUCCAAGAAACCAGAAGGCGCUCCUGUUACAGAGAGAGCCAUCCCACUUGCCAUUUUCCAGGCUGAGCUCUCGGUCCGCAGGCACUACCUCCGGAAAUGGCUGAAGAGCCCUUCUCUGCAGGAUUUGGAUAUCCGGACGAUCCUGGAUUGGGACUAUUACAUUGAGAGGCUGGGCAACACCAUCCAGAAAAUUAUCACCAUCCCGGCGGCACUGCAGCAGGUCAAGAACCCUGUGCCCCGAGUCCACCACCCCGACUGGCUCCACAAGAAGCUCUUGGAGAAGAACGACAUCUACAAGCAGAAAAAGAUCAGCGAGCUGUUUGUGAGCUCGGGCAAACGGCAGGUCCCUGCCAACCUGCCCCAGGAAGAGGACACUCCUUGCACCCAGGUCACUGACAUAGAGGAUUUUGGAGUCUCCAAGCCUCUUCAGAAAGGAGUCCCAUUGUCCAGCAAGCGGAAGCGGAUCCCCACGGCAGAGGAGAGCCAGCCGCAGUCCCAGAACUUGGAGCUCACCCUGUCCUGGAGGGAGAUCCUGGGCCCACCACCUCCCAUUGGCACCACCAAGGAGGAGCGCUUGGCAUGGCUUUGCUUCCACAAGAAGAAGUGGGAGCUGCAGGCCCGUCAGCGCCAGGAGCGCCGCAAGAGGCGCCGCUUGGCUGACGGCGAAGCAGCGCUCAGCGGAGGCCUGAUCCGCGUCGGAGCCACCAAAGGCCUCAGCAACUACCUGCUCCGGACGGCACGCAGUAUCCUUGACCUGCCGUGGCAGAUAGUGCAGAUUGCUGAGACCAGCCAGCCAGGCCUUUUCCGACUCUGGGCUGUGAUUGGGAAUGACCUGCAUUGCCUCAAGUUGAAUGUCCCCCGAGUCUUUUAUGUCAACCAACGGGUCCCCAAACCUGAAGAGGGCCCUGUCUAUAGGAAGGUGAAUAGGAUUCUCCCUCGUUCCAACUUGGUUUACAACCUCUAUGAAUAUUCUGUGGCAGAGGAUAUGUAUCAAGAGCACAUCAAUGAAAUCAAUGCCAGUCUCUCAGCCCCCGAUAUCGAGGGGGUCUACGAAACUCAGGUACCCUUGUUGCUACGGGCCUUGAUCCGCCUGGGCUGUGUCUGCAUGGUCAACAAGCACUUGGUGAGGCACCUCACGGGCCGAGAGGCCGAGACCUUUGAGCUGGAGCACCUGGAGAUGCGCUCUUUGGCGCAGUUUGGUUACCUGGAGCCAGGGAGCAUCCGGCACAUCUACCUAUAUCACCAUACCCAAGGUCACAAGGCCCUGUUUGGCCUCUUCAUCCCAUCGCAGCGCAAAGCGUCCGUCUUUGUCCUGGAUACAGUCCGGAGUAACCAGAUGCCCAACCUCAUCAACAUGUACUCAGUGGAGCGCAAUGCAAUGGCAGAGAAGGUGGGCCCAGACCUCCUCCCACCCGACAAGCACACCUUCGAAGUGCGAGCCGAGAUAGACCGCAAGACUAUCUACAGGGCAAUCCAGCGCCUCUUGUUGGCCUACAAGGAUGAGCGCAGAGGGCCCACCCUUAUUGCUGUCCAGUCCAACUGGGACCUGAAACGGCUGGCCAGCGGCAUGCCCAUCUUCGAGGAGUUCCCGCUGGUUCCUGUCCAGGUUGCCGACAACAUCAACUACGGCAUCCUGGACUGGCAGCGGCACGCCGCCCGGCACAUGAUUCGACGCUACCUCAACUUGGACACCUGCCUGUCUCAGGCCUUCGACAUGAGCAGGUAUUACCACAUUCCCAUCGGGAACCUUCCUGAUGACGUCUCCACCUUUGGCACGGACCUCUUUUUCUCCCGCCACCUCCAACGCCACAACCACCUCCUGUGGCUAUCUCCCACCGCGCGUCCAGACUUGGGCGGCAAGGAGGCCGAUGACAGCCGCCUAGUCAUGGAAUUUGAUGAGAAAAUCUCUGUCGAGAUCAACCACCCGGGCUGCUAUUCCACAGUGUGUGUGGAGCUGGACAUCCAGAGCCUGGCAGUGAACACCAUCCUGCAGUCCCACCACGUCAACGACAUGGAGGGGGCCGCUAGUACCUGUGUCAGCUUUGACGUGAUCCAACAGGCCUCGCUGGAGGACAUGGUCACGGGCAACCAGGCCGCCAAUGUCCCCGCCAGCUACGACGAGGCGGCCCUUUGCUCCAACACCUUCCGGAUCUUAAAGAGCGUGGUGGUCAGCUGGGUGAAGGAGAUCACACAGUACCACAACGUCUAUGCUGACAAUCAGGUGAUCCACUUCUACCGCUGGCUGCGCUCACCCACUUCCCUGCUGUACGACCCGGCACUGCAUCGCAUGCUGCACAACAUGAUGAAGAAGCUCUUCCUGCAACUCGUGGCAGAGUUCAAGCGCCUGGGCUCCUCAGUGGUGUACGCCAACUUCAACCGCAUUGUCCUGUGUACCAAGAAGCGCCGUAUUGAGGAUGCCCUUGCCUAUGUGGAAUAUAUCACCAACAGCAUCCACUCCAAAGAAAUCUUCCAUUCGUUGACAAUUUCCUUCUCGCGCUGCUGGGAGUUCUUACUUUGGAUGGACCCCGCCAAUUAUGGGGGGAUCAAGGGCAAAGUCCCAUCCCGGAUCCACUGUGGGGAGGGGACAAACAGCAAGCCGGCUGCUGACGCUGAAGGUAGUGAAGACGAGGAAGAAGAGGACAAGGACGAAGAUAAUGGAGCAGAGGAGGUGGAGGAACUGCUGGAGAACAACUGGAACAUUGUGCAGUACUUGCCCUCGGCUGCGUCGUGUCAGACCUACUUCCUCAUGAUUGUGUCAGCCUACAUUGUUGCUGUCUACCACAGCCUGAAGGAGGAACGGCAGCGCAACGGCCCUGGAAGCACUCCGGUCAAGAGACUUGCUAGCAGCCAGGUUUCCCAGGAACCUGCAGGGGAGCGUGGUGCCCUGCCAGGCACUAUUGCCUUCUCCCAGGACUACGUCGCCAACGAACUCACCCAGAGCUUCUUCACCAUUACCCAGAAGAUCCAGAAGAAAGUGAGCGGUUCGCGGCGCACCACAGAGCCAUCCGCCAUGUUCCCGUCCUUGCCUGGCUCCUACCUAGUGCUCAACAACCCGGCCCUGGAGUUUGUGAAGUCCGUCUGCGAGGUCUUGUCGCUGGAUGCCAACGUCGCCAACCAGGUGAGCAAGCUGAAGCGGGACCUGCUUCGGCUGGUGGAGGUGGGGGAGUUCUCUGAAGAGGCCCAAUUCCAAGACCCCUGCUGCUCCUACAUAUUGCCAGAGAUGAUCUGCAAGGGCUGCAACUUCUGCAGGGACCUGGACCUCUGCAAGGACCCAGUCUUCUCUCAGGACGGUUCAGUACUGCCCAGUUGGGCCUGCCCCAGUUGCCAAGCGCCGUAUGACUCGGAUGCCAUUGAAAUUGCCCUGGCAGAAGCCUUGCAAAAGAAGCUGAUGGCCUUCACCCUCCAAGAUCUGGUGUGUCUGAAGUGCAAAGGCGUCAAGGACAGUCACAUGCGCCUCUACUGCAGCUGUGCCGGAGACUUCGACCUCCUCUUGCCAACCAAGACCUUCCUGGACCAGCUGAAAGUCUUCCGGAGCAUUGCCCAGCACUACAACAUGGUCUACUUGCUGGAGAAUGUGACCUGGUUGCUGCAGAGGAGCCCUUGGCUGCCUUCGUGAGAGCGUCCUGGGGUGGGUUUCUCAUUUUGUGUCCUGUGGCACAGAUUUGAGGCUAGCUCUGUGCUGCAACGAAA